CUUCCCCUCCACUUCCGGUAGCGUCUUACGUCACACGCCCGAGCGAGCGGCGGCGCUGCUGUAUGGCAACAAAGGGGCAGGAAGAGCGCGUGUGCGGACGCCGUCAUUUGUCGCCUCGCCGACGUUCCUCCGUGUCGUGUUGGGACCCGGUUUCGCACCCGCCGCGUUUAUCGAACGGGACGGCUUCGUCACGCCGACCGUCCGGUCCAGACUGAAGAAGAAGAUUCAGGCUCGUGGUCGUUCUCCAGACAGAUCCAGGGGCGACGUGAAGAUGAAGUUCUCCAGAUCUGAGUUGCAGGGAAUGAUCAAAAAGGAGGUUGAAAGCGCGAUGAAAGUGAGCGAAACCAAGUUGGUGUCUCUGCUGGAAAAGAUUGAACACAUGGAGGAUGAAAGAUUUUGCGAGGACACCCUUUCUAAACUGGAGGAGCACAUCGAGAGACUGAAGAGGAGAGGAGAUGCUGCUAUUGCCUACCUUGAGAAAUGUGAAAUCACUGGGAAAGAUCAUCCACAGAAAAAGAGGCUGCGGUCAUCAUCUUCUUCAUCUGUGGUUACAGCCAAAGUUGGAUUCUCCUGGGCAGACAUGGAGGAAGACACCUUGAACAGAGCGUCAUACACGAACAGGGACAACAGGCGUCAUAUAGACGACGGAGAACUCUCACACACAAUGGAAACCACCAAAAAAGCCCUGAAGAAGAUGUAUGAAGACAAUGAAGUUUUGAAGGCUGCCCUCGCUGAUCUAAACAAGAGGCCAACUUCUCCAACCAGAAGCUGUGAUGGUGCUAGCUCUCCUCAGGAUGAGGUAAAGGAGGAAGAGGUGUCUGCUGGGAAGUCGGCUGGUCUCCAUAAGGAGGAGGAGGUGGAGCAGCCGGUUAAUGAGUUGGAAGUGGAGAAGAUCUCCUUGGACAAUAGCAGCGGCUCUGAAGACAUGGAUGCAGAGAAGGAAGGCCUCUCGUACCCCCCACUCCCUUCCACCCCCUUCCCCUCCAUACUGAACAUGGAGGCUGCCUCCUACAACAUCCCCCAGAGACCGUGUGUACAGCUGGCCCUGAUCAAGAACCCGCCUGGCCUCUCUGUGCUGUGGAAUGUGGAGGAGAAAGAUCCUUCAGCGCCUCCUAUGGAGAGCUACAGUGUUUUCAUGGCUGUUGAGGAGGUGAAGGGCAGCAGCAUCUUCCACCAGUGGAAAACCCUGGGCGAGGUGAAGGCCAUCCCUCUGCCGAUGUGUGUGAUGAUCAGCAAGUACAAGCCCGGGUACAAGGCGUGCUUCGCCGUCGUCGGGAAAGACAAGUUCGGUCGCUACGGGCCCUAUAGCAAAGUGGUACCCGCUGCCAUACCGGACCGUUAGGGAAGGGAUCCCGGCACCCAGGGCAUGACUGAGGAUUUCCCUGGCUAGACCAGUAUAAAUCUUCACACACCCAAGCUGUGUUUUUUCAUCAUAACAACAUGGAGUUAAAGGAUUUUUGUUGUUGCUCGCUCAGCCAUAUUGAAGGUCACUGGAGAAGAGGUUCACCCAACACUUUAAAAAAUGGCGACUUGUUCAGACAUUGACGUUUUUGCUUGUGUGACCUCGUUUUGUUCGGUUCAGAUAUGUGCAGGUGUGAUUUGUUGCUCAUCGGAGAUGAACAUUUACUCUAACAUUUAAUCCGUCUCAUUUUUGUAACUACCUGAUGUUGAAAGAAGUUUCAAGUCACUUUGUCGUUUUGUUAACACAUAAAUUCAGAAUAAGCAUUUUUAUUCGUCCACUCCGAGUAGUAAAGGGUUUAUUAAUAAAAUGUUGAACUGAGAUGAAAUAGGCUGCUUUUGUUAAAGGUUCUAUGUUUCCAUUUAUGAGACAGACUGGUAAGCUGUGAAUUGAAAUGAAAUGAUGCAGUUAUAAGGUCCUCAUUUGGAGUUUUAAGUGACACUCAGCUCUGUAAGGUUUUGUCUUGCAGAAAACACUUUCAUCAAUAAAGAAAUAAAC